AUGAGUGUGACUGCAGGGCAGAUCAUCACCCUCAAAACUGAAGUAAUACAUGUUGCAUCUGUAAAAAAUAUCAGUCAACUGCAGAAACAGGAGAUAAUCCUAAGAGAUCCGACAGGAACCAUCAAACUUGUGCUGUGGGAACAAUAUGUCAAUGCUCUUGUUGUGAAUACAACAUAUGUGCUACAAAACCUGAAAUUGAAAGUCUACAAUGAUGAAAGAUACCUCAAAAUGCCAAAGGAUGAAGAAUUUAAACCUAAAGAAAUUGAGCCAUUUCAACAACCAUUACCAGAACCUGUCAUCGAUCCACAUUCGAUUUAUGGGAAAAUAGUUGCCAUUAAAGAUGUAACCACCCUUGGACAAUGUCAUUGGUGCAAUC